AUGGGGCUCAGGGAAAAGGAUCGGUCCAAUCGGAACUCGAUGGCCAUUUCCGAGCACAGUUUACCGGAUCGACUCACACAAGCUCUCCGGGCUCUUCGACCGGCCAAUAUUGCUCAUUCGGCUAGCGGGGUGACACCGUUUAAGAAUUAUAAGAACAAGUCUGGUUCUACAGUCGAUGCAUCGAAUGAUGUGGUUUUCAUUGUUGGGGACAAGGUUCCACCGCCAGUUCCGCCAAUUCCAAUGGGACGCUUUCAGAAGUCACCGCUAAUGCAAAAAGCUCGCUCGGUGCUCGAUCGGAGCUCUGUGGGCGGCUCUCCACAAUUAGCCGAGAGAAAUCCUUUCCAUGAACCGGCACUCAACAGUUUGGAACAAAUUCGCAAUCUCUACAAGAGUGUCCCCAAUGUGCACUAUGAUACAGUGAGCAGCCCGACUCCAACUGAGGAAGAUGAUGGGUUUUCUUCUACUCGAUCACCAACCGAUUCUGGAUACAGAUCGACUCCCCGACUUGACCGAACUCCAGACAAAUCUGAGGAAGCAAAUGGAACUUCGAAUUCCCUGGGAGCUUCAUCAGGGUCCGGUUCUUCGAGGAAUGGCUUCAGAAGUAAAGAAAUCCCGUCGAGAGCCGAAGGAGAAGUGAAAAAUAGUCCAAAGCUCGCGAUGAGGCCACAGCGACCUCAAGGACCCACACCGAACUCCAGUCCACCGUCGACAGUUGGCUCAAAACCGGAACGUCACCUUCCCUUCACUCGAUCCCAUAUAGACUCCGUCUUGGAGUCGAGAAGAUGCAAAUCAUUCGCCAAUUACAUUGAUUCAGCAGUAUUAUCAAGAUUUUGUGAAGUACUUAGCGAACCGCUCGACUUGUUGACGGAAAAUUUGCAGCGACUGAUCGCUUACAGUGUCAAAUGCACGGCUCAAGAUGUCGCCUCAGCAAUAAAGAUAUCAUUUCCUUUGGAUCUUUUCGCUAGUUGUCUUCGUUCUGGGCAAAAAGCUGCGUCGGCUUUUGCAAGGAAUGGACCAGGCGCCUUGGGCUUAACUCUUUCUCAACGAUCCGAGCUUUAUUUCCCAGUUGGUCGUUUCUAUCGAUACAUCAUCGACAAGCUUCCAUCAAAGCCAAUUUCAGAGCAUGCUAUCAUCUUUUUCACUGCCGCUUUGCAAUGUGUUCUCGAAGAGUUUGUUUUGAGGCUUGUCGAUACGGAUUCACCAGAGAUGCUCAGCUUGUCAAAAUUCGAGGAGAUUCUGACAGAAAAUGGGGGAUCUUUGGUUCAAUAUUUCAAUUCAUUGGACUCACUUACAGCAAUGGAUUUGCCAGCACCGAUCUCUUUUGCCAAAUUGGUGGAUGCUGUGCACGCCGUGCGAGAGAGAAUACUUCACUCAACUGGGAAUGCAAAGAAAAGACAUCAAGUCCAAUUGAGCCGCACUGGGAUUCGGAGUCUGCACUAUUUUGCUUGUGGGCCUGGAGUGAGACCAAACAGCAACAUUCAACUAGCAGACUGGGUGCGCUUAAUUUAUGCGUAUGCCGAGCACCGAAUGUCUCCAACCGUUGAUGAGCUUGAUAUCAUGCAGGCAGCUCGUGUAUUACGAGGUGUAGAUUGCCCUCCUCCUUCUGUCUCGUUAUGCAGAAGGGAACUUAUAUUGGAGGCAAAUCCUCAUGAAGCAAAGAUCACUUUUGCUUUCAACUUGAUUGCUACCGGGAACCCAGAGAAUGCUCGACACGGCAUUGCUAUGCUCGAAGGUGAACGAACAACGGCCAGGAAUCCAUUUGGUAUGUGCCCACUUGCUGAAUCAGUUGUCCAAUCAAACUCCGAAGCCACAACCGCUUUGUUAGCUGCUGGAUGGCCAACCGAUUUGGCAGUACCAGCUGACAAAAAAGGGUUACCAGAAUAUGCAGGCUGGACUCCAUUAACAUGGGCUAUUGCCAUUCAAAAGCACAACAUCGUUAAGAUGUUGUUGAAUUCGGAUGCUAAAUUGGAUGGAGAAAGUAUGAUCAACGAAUCUCCUUUGCAGAUCUCCGUUCAACAAGGUUGCUUGGAGAGUGUACGCCUUUUGCUCGAUCGAGGCGCCGAUCCGACGAGAGGAUGGAGAGCCGAGAUGUCCAUCGAUCAACACAUUGGUUGUGUGUCUCCAUUGACUGCCUCAACUGUACGCGGAAACAAGACCAUUUUGUCAGCUUUGAUAACAAAAAUGGCCGAUCAAUCGAAUUUCUUGAAGCAUCGAAAUGGGUCUUUUUCUUCGCAGAACAGCAAGAGCUCUCAAGAAAAGAUCUGUGAGUACGAUUCAUUGAUUGAUAGUGGAAAAAGAGCUCUCCGAGAAGCACUUUAUUAUGCUGUUGAAACAGAACGACUCGACAUUGCAAUAGUUCUUCGCCAACUCGUCGAAGGUCUGCCUUGGUCAACUUUUCUUUGGACUAGAGCUCUUGAAUCAGCCUUGCUAAAAUCAGAACCAAAGUUCGUGCAAUCAAUUCUCUCCGAUUUUGGCCCAAACAUUGCAGCUGAGUUGAACGAGGACAACUUGGCUAGAACUCUGACAGUGAUUUUAAAAGCAUUGCAACAUGAACUUUCGUAUCCUGAUGGCGAUCCAUCAAACGCAGCUCUUGCUCUUUCGAGAUUACAUCAUUAUUUUAAAGAAGAAGUUCCAGAUCAUGGUGCAGCAGGAGCGCCAUUACAUCGAAACAUCAUUGAUCCAAGUUUUGUGAACAGUGAACAACUAUCGGACAUUCGGUUCCAGGUAGAAGGCAAGCUUGUUUUUGGUCAUCGAAUCGUUCUCGUCAACGCCUCGGAUCGUUUCCGUCACCUAUUGCAGAGUCCUGAUGGGGUGAUAAUGAUCAAUGAUGUGUCGUGUAAUGUUUUCUUGUGCUUGAUGGAAUUUGUCUACACCGGUCGUCUCUCUUCAUCAAUGAAAGCAGUCGGCCAACUUUUCCAAGUUCUGACAGCCGCUCAAGCAUUUGGAUUGCCAACUUUAGAAGCUGAGGUCCUCCGUGUUCUGACUCACUCAAUCGAUGUCGAGAAUUUCGCCGACCUCUACACCUUUGCCAUGCAUCACCAAAAUGAAACUCUUCUAAAGCCAUGUGAACAUUUUCUUCUCCUUCAUCUUCCCGUGCUUUGCUCAGAUCCUCGCCUUUCAAUUCUUUUCCUUCAACCACCGCCCAAUUACGACGUUUGUGUAGCGUUGAGAGAUCGCUUGUCUGCUGAAUUCUCCGAGUGCCGUCGACGUUUGCCUACUGGA